AUGUCAUUUGCAGCUGCGGCCACUGGCAGCAAUGCUGCAGCAGCAGCUGCUGGCGAUGUGGUCGUGCCGGCGCAGCUGGGCUUUUUUGCCAUCUACAACCCGAGUCUGGGCAUGACGGACGAGACGAUUGACGACCAGAUCGUGUACUACGCCUCGGGGCCGUCGUCAUCUUCGUUCUUCGCGCGGCGGAACAGCAGCGCCAGCACGAGCCAAUAUCGUCACCACCAGACGCCAUCAUCGACCUCACCGCCCCUGGGGUCAUCCCCGUCGUCGUGCGGCCUGCCAUCAGCCUCGCACGCGGACGAGCGCAACGAGCGGCUGCGGCAGAUCGGCCUGGCCCAGGGUAUGGUCGCCUUUGGCAAGAGCUUCUCGGGCGACCAGCCAGUCGACACGGUCGAGACGGACAAGACGCGCGUCGUACUGCACGAGCUGGAGCCGGGGUGGUGGCUUCUGGUGUCGAUCAACCUGACGAAGCUUCCGGCCCUUCCCGGAAACACAAACAACACAAACACGACCGAGUACUCCUGUCGGGAGGUCAAGCCGGCCACGCUGGUGCUGCAGGAUCUGCUGCGCGCCCAUGCCGUCUUUCUGCUGCACCACGACGCGUCGCUGUCGGCGCUGUAUGCGCGCACGGCCUCGCCAGCCGCAGCGGCACCGUCGCGCUCGCGCUUCACUGCCCUGCUGGCCCGCUACUGGGAUGUCUUCCUGUCGUCCUGGUCGGUGCUGCUGCACGGGAACCCCGUGCGCGACGUGCUGCCGGGCGUGCGUAUGGCCGCAUGCGGUGAGCUCGGCGUCGGUGUUGGUGAAGAAGACCGCGGCAGCGGCGAGCGCGAGGUGCUCGAGGGUCUGGUCGAGCAGACGGACGGACUCGUCGACCUGGUCGUGUGCCGGUUCGGACGCGCCGCCGACGACAAUGAGGCCGAUGAGCUGCACCAGGACAGCAGAGACAGCAGAGACAGCAGAGACAGCCAGGCCGACAGCCAGGACAUACGGACCAACAGCAACGCGUGGCUAGGCAGCGGACGCGGCAUCGGCGCCGAGGACGGGGCCAUCUUUCUGGGCGUCGGUGCCCUCUCACGGCCGUCUCUCCGCACGGUCAGCUACUGGAUGGAGGACAUCUACAGCUGGGGGAAGCACGCGUACGGCGUGGCCGAAGACCCGUCGGUGCUGCCGCGCCACGCAAAACGGCGCAAGAGACGAAGCGGGACGAUGACAAGCAUAUCCGAGCAGCAACAACAAGAGGAGCAGCAGCAGCAGAAGCAGAGACAGAAACAGCGCGCACGACUCGCAGACCUUCCUCCUCUCUUACCACCACCGCCAGUGACGCUUCUCGCACGGCGAGCCAAGUCUGUUUCGUCUCCGAUUGCCACGUCCAGCGUGUCUCAGUCCAAAAGGGACGCUACAGAAGAGGCGGCUCUGUCGGUGUCGCCCGCCAGCUUUGGCCCCAUGGACAAGUACAGGUCCUUUAUGAAGUUCGGCUACGGCACAUACUGGAGUCUGGGCGCAGGAGGAGGAGGAGGCGGUGGUGGUGGCAGCAAGAACGACGACUCCGUGGACCCUCUGACUGUCUGUCCCGCAGAGACGAGCACAGAUGCGAUUUCGAGGGCAAGCAGCGUCACACGCAAACGUCACGUGCCACGCACUACUGUGGGGCAAUACCUGAUUGGACUGACCAGCGAAGGAAGCACAACCGAGGCAAAGAACGGCGGCGACGACGGCCAGCAGCGGUCCAAGACGGGACCGCGAACGGUCGUGGUGGAUCUGAUUGAGAGGAGAGUCGGCCGGCCGUCGUCGCAGGACACGCUGCGCUACUUUAGCGAGCCGCAAGGCCUAGACGACGACGACGCAGACGACGACGAGACAGCAACAGCAACAGCAGCAACAGCGACACCGACGCCUGCAGCAGACAACCCGGCCGUCCGUUCAGGGAGGCUGCGGGUUGUCGUCUUUGCCAAGCAGCCCUUCCUGUAUGCCUUCUUCUUCCAGGCAGCCGACGGCGAGGGCGCAACCAAGGACGAGGAGACCGUCCAGACGCUGCUCAGCCGCCAGGUGACGGUACUGCACAAGCCGCUGCUCGCGUCGACGUCGUAUCGGCCCAGCCGGCCGAGCCUGGCCGGCGUCUCGGCACCGUCGCCGUCAGCAUCGCUGCUCUCUGUGGCCGUGGCGGCCGCGCCUGCCAACACCAUCUACGACCUCGUCUGGGAUCCGCGCGCGCUGACGAUCCACUCGACCAUUCCCAACAUCCCUGAUCCCGGCACGCUGCUCAGCACGUAUGCCACCACGCGGGCCAACGCGGCCGAGCUGGAGCGUACCUGCAAGACCAGCCGCGGCUGGUGGGUGGUCUGGAACCGCGUCGUCGAACGCUCCUCGUCGUCGGCUGCCGGCAGCACUGGCAGCACCGGCAGCGUGUCCGAUCCGCUGCUCGAAGAGGACGAAGACGACGGCAGCGACCGCAGCGGCUUCAAAACGGGCUCCGACGCCUCCCGGCCGACCACUGCCACCGUGGCCACCGGCUACGCCGUCAGCAAGGAAAUCUUCUUGCUCAGACGCGCCGGCGAUCAUGUCGAGAGCAGGCUGGCCGCUUCAGCCAUGCGGGCCAUCAGCGGCUCGUAUCUCGGUCGUGGAGGAACCGCUGCCGAUGGCGCCGCCGGUGGCACCGGUUGGACCGAUGGCGCAAGCCGGCUGACACAGGGCAUGGGCGUAGACACAAAGAGGUACAUCGAAGGGCUGCUGAGCCUGAAUCGGUGA